UGUAUAUGUAGGUGCAAUACCUGUUUAAAAGAAAGAAAGAAAGAAAGAAAGGGAAAUAAUUGUAUAUGUAGUUGCCAUAUUGGUAAGAAAAAGAAAGAAAGAAAGAAAGGAAAAUAAUUGUAUAUGUAGGUGCAAUACCUGUUUAAAAGAAAGAAAGAAAGAAAGAAAGGGAAAUAAUUGUAUACGUAGUUGCCAUAUUGGUAAGAAAAAGAAAGAAAGAAAGAAAGAAAGGAAAAUAAUUGUAUAUGUAGGUGCAAUACCUGUUUAAAAGAAAGAAAGAAAGAAAGAAAGGGAAAUAAUUGUAUACAUAGUUGCCAUACCUGUAAGAAAAAGAAAGAAAGAAUAGUAUACUUAGAUACAGUAUGUGUACAUGUAAAAGAAAGAAAUGCGCGUUUUACUUUCAGUUACUCUAGAUAUGUUGUCAGAGGUUUUUUUUUAGCUCUGCUCUGUUGAAUUUUUAUCCGUUAAUUGUACAGUCAGUGUGUCGCUGUUAGAGCAGCGUGUUCCAGCCCAGCCCUGUGGAGAAGGCGGGAUUUGUCGGUAUGCGGGUGGGGAACAAAACCACACCGCCACCACUGAGCCGCUGGCCUCGCCGAGCGCGCUGCAUUGUGGGGAGUCAUUGGUCCUCCAGCGUACAGUCUCCAACCCAUCCAUCGUAAAAAUGGCUGCCUCGGCGGCAGCGGCGGGGUCUUCUCCCGGGUUGUGCCCAAGCUUCGCCGUAAUCUGCUCUUUUUUAGAGCGUUAUGGAGUCCUAUUGGAUCUGCCCGAGCUCUCGUUCCCGCAGCUGGAGCGCUAUCUGCAGGAAACGUCCACAGUUCCUAAGCUGCUGGUGGAUCUCCACGUGAAGUUGCUUCGGAAAAUAGGCAAGUCCGUUUCUGCCGACCGAUGGGAGAAAUAUCUUGUAAAGAUGUGCCAGGAGUUCAACACCACCUGGGCAUGGGAACUGGAGAAGAAGGGAUAUCGUGAGAUGACUGUGGAGUGUAAGACUGGAAUUCUCAAGUACUUGUGCGAGUGCCAGUUCGACGACAACGUCAAGUUCAAGACGGCCAUCAACGAAGAAGACCCUGAUAAAAUGCGCCUCCAGCCCAUCGGCAGAGACAAAGACGGCCUCAUGUACUGGUUCCAGCUUGACCAGGAUCACAACGUGAGGGUGUACGUGGAGGAGCAGGAUGAUUUAGAUGGCUCAUCCUGGAAAUGCAUCGUUAGAAACAGAAACGAUUUGGCCCAGAUCCUUGCACUCCUGAAGACUCAGAUCGAUCCCACACUGUUGGUCAAAAAGGAUCAGGAGGAAGGUUCAUCUAGUAACAGCCCAAACUCAGAGACUGAAGAAAACAAGAAGAAAGAGGAUGAUGUGGAGGUUAAGAAAGACAAGGAUCUGGAGGAAGAGAAGUCUCCCAAAACUGAAAAAGAUGACCCGUUAGAGCAAAUCGAUAGUGUAAAGCAGGAAAUCGCAGUGGGAAAAGAAGCACUAAGAGACAAGGCCGCUAAAGACGAUGUCCGGUCUGACAAGCCGGUCGUAGUAGAGGAAACCGCUAGCAAAGCGGUUAAAGAGGAGCCCAUGGAAGAAGACGAAGCGUUCAACAACACCUCCAAGUCAACAUCUGAAAAGAACGGUGGACCGCUGCCUUCAGAACAUACGAGGGAGGUGAAGAAGUCGUCAGACGAGAUCCAGAAAGCUUUGAAAAACGACCAACAGGCAAAGAUCCCCCUGAAAAAGCGUGAGAUGAAACGAAGUGAGGAUUUUGACACCGCCAAUUGUGGAAGCGGCGGCAGCAGUAUCAUCGUGCGUAACCCGGCUGUGAAAGAAGUGCGGACCGCCAGCGAAGAGAACGGAUUGAGCCGCGAGAACCUCAACGGUAACGUCUCGCCUGCUGUAGCGGUGGAGGGUGACGGGAAGGCGAGUGACGACUUGCAGAUAAAGCAAAAAGAACCUCCAGCUAUUUCUAAAGAUCAGCAAGCAGACGCUGAAGUCAAGGAAACAAAAAAACAGCUUGCUGACGCAAAACAAGAAGAGGGACAUGAAGAAAAGCAGAAGAAAGAGGAGGAAACGACGGAUAAGAGUCAAACCAGCACAGAGGAAUCCAUGGAAGUGGAGGAAAGUGCGGUUGCAAAGGGGGAUCAAGAAACAUCGCCACAGGUAGAAGAGGCAGCUCAAACAACCGAAAAGUCAACCGGAUCCGAAGUGAUCCACUUGCAAGCGGAUUCGGAAAAGGUCGACGAGUCGGCCGAGAUGGAAGUCGCAAAAGAUUGUUCAAAACCUCUCGACGAGGAAGCACCCGAGAAGUCAAGUGAGACGAAACCCACGGACCAAGCUGAGACCGAGAACAAGCCAAAGACCUCAAAAGAGACUCCUAAUGAGAGAGAUACGGAUCACGAGCGAGAACUAAUAAAACAUGAGUCCGGCCAGACUGAUAAAAAGAACGAUACAGCCUCGAGUGAGAACGCAGAUGCUGCAAAAGACGACAAAACACAGACGGGAACCGAGGCCCCCGUGGAGACUGAGAGGUCUACGUCAGAAGACUCUACACAACAGCAAAGUACAGCUCAUGAACAGAGCGAACUAGCUGUCCAAAAAGCAGACGAGCCUCGCAUGUCCGAAGAAACCAAAAGUCCUGUUGAUGAAACAGCAUCUACAACUCUAAAGGACAGUGCCUUACCGGAAGGUGAUAAAAACCCUGAAUCAGGUUCUACAAAGCAGACCGAGAAACAGGAGCGUCCUAAAGAGGAGAGCAUCCCAGUUAAGGAAAACGAAGAAUCUGAACCUUUAAAUAAAGGAAAGAAACUGCCUGAAGAUUCCGAUGUAUCCAACGCGAAGGAAAAACCAUCCUCGCCAAAAGAAAACGAACGGACUGAAGGCUGUGAAAAAUCCGCCGUGUGUGAAGAGACAGAUACGGAACCUGCAGCCAAAGAGUCUUUAAAAUCAGAUCGUGACAGGACGUCGGAUAAAACCACGCCAGACGCAGAAGGACCCGAUUCAGUUGCUACCCAAAAAGAAUCAGCAGAUCAGGAGAAACAGGAUGUCCUGAAAAAGUCAGAGGAACCGCCUACUCGUGCAGUAUCCAAAACAGAGGAAGUAGUGAAGCAGGAUAAGCCAAUGGAAGUAACUUCAGCGUACACAAAGGAUAAUAAAGUACCCACAGAUAAUAAGGAUUGUGAUGCUGAGCCUGAAAAGGAAGCUUGCAGUAAGAAAGGCGUGCAGGACGAGCAUCCUGUCGAGGAGAGCAAGGCUUCUACAGAAGAAUCCAGCGAGAACCGGAAAGAAAACGGUGAACAAAAAAGUACUUCCGAGAAGGAGGCGAACCUCAGCGGUGAAUCGACGGAAGACCAGAAUCGAGCAAAGGAGAAGACGAAGACGGGUAAAGGAGAAGCAGACGAUCGCAAAGAACUACCGCAAGAAGCAAUCCGUCUGAAAAUCAAGGUCCCGGCUCACAGGAGGCGGGCAGAGCUGCAGCGAGAAGAGGGAAAGGGUGACUCGGAGUCUGAGGCAAGCGAAGGGAGAUGUCUGAGGCGCUCGCCGAGGAUUUGCAGACCAACAGCCAAGCUAGCAGAAAUCCAAGACCGGAAGGUGGAGAAGAAACAAGUCACGCCUUCGGUCGAGAAGGAGAAGGAGGAAAAUGAAGAAAAGGAUGGGGAUGAAAAUGCAGUACAAAAAAAGCCAAGAGAGAAGAAGGUUGAUCAAGAAGGUCAAGCUAAACCAAAGGGGAGACGCCAAAGGCGGGUACGAUGGUCCAGAGUCCGGUCACAACGCAAAAAGAAAGGCUCGGAGGAAGACGACGACAACGAGAAUGACGAGAGUUCAAGCGAGGAGGAGGAGACCGAGGAAGACGACAGUGAUGAGGAUUACCAGGUGGAGAAAAAAAAGAGAAGGCGGAACCGCAACAGAGAGAGGAACAGCUCUGAUUCUUCUACCUCGUCUUCAGACGACCUUCCGCCAAACGAUGACCCCUGCAAACACUGUGGCCUGCCCAACCAUCCUGAGCUGAUUCUGCUGUGCGACUCGUGCGACAGCGGUUAUCACACAGCGUGUCUCCGUCCUCCUCUCAUGAUCAUCCCGGAUGGUGAAUGGUUCUGUCCACCAUGCCAACAUAAACUGCUUUGUGACAAGCUGGAAGAACAGUUACAGAAUCUAGACGUGGCACUUAAGAAGAAGGAACGUGCCGAGCGAAGGAAAGAGCGUCUGGUCUACGUUGGGAUCAGCGUCGAGAAUAUAAUCACGCCUACCCAGCUUGAAGCAGAGGAAGAAAAACAAGAAGAGGUGGUGAAAGAGAAGAAGGAGGUCAAGAAAAACAAGUCCUGGGGCCGAAGAUCGACCCGGGCCAAAAAAUAUAUAAGCUACAGGUUCGACGAGUUUGACGAAGCUAUCGAGGAGGCGAUCGAAGAAGAUAUCAAAGAGGCUGAGGGAGGAGGAGCAGGCCGUGGUAAGGACAUGGCAAAUAUCACAGGCCACCGAGGGAAGGACAUGUCCGCCAUUUUGCAGGAAGAAGGGAAAGAAAAUGGGCGGCCCAAGCGUACAAAUGCUGGACAGCGGCGGAAAAAACGGCGGCGCCUCAACGACCUGGACAGCGACAGCACCAUGGAUGAAGAGGAGAGCGAGGAAGAGUUCCGCCUGAGCGACAGCAGUGAGGAGGAGGAGUUUGUGGCGUCGGAUAACGAUGUGGACAGUGAGGGAGAGGCACCGUUAUUUGACGACAGCGACUUCGGCAGCGACGGCCAAGGACCAACUACGGGCUUUUUGUCCAGGCGGAGGUCGACUAAACGGUGGAGCGCGCGACCACGCAGGCGACGCAGACCCAAAGGGUACUCCGAUGACGAAGAGCUCGAGGACACCGAUGAAGACGAGGAGGAAGAAGAAAUGGUGACUGAGGGUUCCAGUGAGUUUAGUGACAGUGACCUGGACAUGCGCAGGCGGCGUUCCCACCGGAGCCAGAAAAAGCAAGUCAACUAUUGCGAGGCGACCGACUCGGACGCCUCCCAAGGAAGCGCCAACAGGGACAAGGCCAAGAAGCGCAGGCGCUUAUCCAGCUCCGAAAGCGACGCGAGCUUCCACUCCAUGGACUCGGACAAGGAAGAUGGAAAGAGUAAAAAGCAGAGAGCGGUCCUGUCGGAAGAGGAGUCUCGGAAACGGCGCAGGCGUCUGUCACUGAAGCGCAGGAGGGAGUCCGAGGACGACGACAAUAGCAGCGAUUCGGAUGAUUCGGAGGAAGAAGAACGGCCCGUCCGCAAGCGGGUGAACCGAAUCGAUUCGGACGACAGCGACGAGGAGGAGGAGAAGAAGAGCACAGAGAAGGAGGCCGAGGACACCGUAGCGAAAGGGGUCAGCCCUCUAGACUAUAACCUGGAACUUCCUCCUACUAACGGACAGAGCCCCAUGAAAACUCUGGAGGGUUUCAUCUCACGGCCUGCCACUGGCAUGGCUAACCCUGCUCUCAUGAGUCAGAUAGGGCUGAAAAACAGCAGCGCACCACAACCCGUGUCCAUUGGCGCCAACGGCCUGGUUCCCCAGGAGAUGGCGCCGCAGGAUGAAGACGAGGAUGACCUUUUGGGGGUCACAGACCUUGUAGACUAUGUCUGCAACAGUGAACAGUUGUAAGACGUGGCGUUUUUAUUAUUAACCGUUUUUUUUUUUGUUUUGUUUUUUUUUUUUUUUAAAAAAAGAGUAAUGUUUCUCCAUUUGUGGCCAAGCUCCCGUUCCAUUUCUCAGUUUAUUAUCCCUUAUUGUUUUUGCUUUCGUAUCAUCGCCAUGCUCCUCACAGGGGUCCUUGGACUCCUUACAGCAGGCUCAGUGUUCUGCAAGAAACAGUGGUGAUUCUGAGGAAGUAGUGAGCAGGGUACCGGAGUCUCGAAGACUCCGUUUUGCUCGCUACUUCAACCCGUCGAAGCUGCUGCACGAAGGACGUCGGCCUCGGCCUUCGUGUCAGUCGCCGGCAGAUCGACGCACCCAAACACAGGUUGUAAAUAAGUUCACCAAACCAAGAUGUCGUCAGUGGGCCCAUCAUUAAAAAGGUUCCCUAAGACGGUUUUAUUUUUUUAACCUUUGUGAAUAAUAUGCCAAGCCUUUUGGAAAACAUAGAACCUUUCAAUCAUCUAUUUUACACUAAUGUAGCCAUUCCUUCUCAGAAAAAUCAGCAUCAUCGACAUAUUCUUUCAUCGCUUUGUCGUCAGAAAGUCUCCACGUGUUAUCGUUCCACACUGUCAUGUACGUUUGUUUUUUAGGUGUGUGGGGGUCGGGGGUGGGGUGGGGUGGGGGGGGAAUCCGAGACGUUGAAAUGGAUAAAGGCAUAACGGAGCCGUCAAGAAAUGCGUCCGAGCCAAGGUCUAGACAUGGUUACCAGCUUUUCAUAAAACCAUAUCUCCGACUGUUAUGAAAUCUAUGUACUAUAUGCCCCGUGUUUUUUUUUAUUUUUUAUUUUAUUUACAAAACACAUGAUCAAAUAGACAUUGUUUGGUUUGAAGCUGGGUACUUUUGUUUAAGGACCACAUUGUAUCUGAUUUAAAAGCCUAAGCUUGGUUUUUUUAUACUAUUUAUUCUUUGAAAUUGUUAUUUAACUAAUUGCAGUUCACUCAUCUAUGGAUUCAUGAGGGCAACAAGUGUGAAUUCUUGGAAUUUCGCAGUAAAAAAUCAAACGUUUCUGAGGAAGAAUUUGGAUGUGGGACUUUUUAUAAUCACCCUGUCCAGGGUGUACCCCGCUUUGUGCCCGAUGCUCCCUGGGAUAGGCUUCAGGUUUCCCCGUGACCCUGAAGGAAGAAUGGACUUUUUAAUGGCAGUUUCUUUCCCCAUCAUUUUUUUUUUUUUUUAUUGAAUCGAAAUGAUCAAACACUACGGCAGCUCGUCAGUGCAUCGGAUGCCAAAUUGAAAACGUGUCAGUUGUGAUCCAUAUCGCCAUGUACGUGUGUAAAACCUGGACUGUUUAGAAGAAACACUUUUUUUUUUUUCUCUUUUUCCCCCACCCAUUUUAUUUUUAAUGACGUUUUCUUUAUCCCUCUAAAGAAAGUGUUCUAUGUCGUUUAUGUAUCAUCAGUGGAUUCCAUGCAAGUUAUUUUCAUCUCCAUUUUUAAUACAAGUAUUUAAUAAAAAAGGGUCUUUUCACUGGUGUUUUUAUGUUUAAUGUCAGAAGAUCCAUCAAAGCACCUCUCGACACCUCUUGUGUUCCCGUUUUUUUUUUUUUUUCCCUCUUAUCCUGCACUAUAUAUUAACAUAUGUUGUUUUCUAUAUAUACAGACUAUUACUAUUUUUCCUUCAAUAUCUGAGCAAUAUAUUUUUCUUGUUAACAAAAUGUAUGGAAAUUUUCACUGUCCAUCCACCAAGCUACUGUUAUGAUCUUUUGCCUACGUUGGUGAGGGGGUGAAAGUCCUCCUUGCGGUGGCAUUAAAAUAAGUCUAACACUAUGUUGACUACCCUGCAAUCAAAGCCUUCCUGUUUUUUUUUUUGUUUGUUUUUUUUUUUUUUUCAGCACAGAAUAGAUUAUGUUAAAAAAAAUCAUUUUAAAUAAUCAAUAAUGGAUUCUAACUGUGGCAGGAACAGACUUGUACGUAUAUUGUUGGAGUCGAUGGGAAAGAGUAAAGAACGUGCGAAAUGUAAACUAUGACAUUACCCUUGCGUGUACUAUAUCUGUAGUUUUUGUUGUAACAUAGUUAGAAGCAUUUUUAAAUCAUCUGAAUGAUAUAUAUUUAGCAGUCCUUUAUGAUUGCACCUGUUUAUAGUUUUUUUUUUUCUUUUUUUUUGUAGUAGUAGAUUGUGUAACUUUUUAAGUGUCUAAAGUGAAUUACAAGCAUGUUCGUUUUGUCUGACGUGUUUAGUUUUUGUUUUGUUCUGUGUUUUUUUUUUUUUUUUUUUUUUUUUUUCUUGUGAGGAUGUGUUCUCCAAAGCUGGAUUCCUGGGUUGAACAAAUUUGUGUCUAAAACCCCAAAAAUCUCACCCCUUUUUCUGCAUUCUCCUUUCCUGGUACCGUUUGUGUCACUGCUUGCUAGAACUUUGUACAUAUGUAAUCUGUUCUUCGAGGGAAUCCUGAGCUGUAACAGCUGGGCUCGGGGAGGAAAAAGAAAAAAAAAGGGUGGUUAUGAGAUAAAGAGCUUUGUAAAAUGUCUUGUAAAAUAAUGUGUAAGCUUGGCAUGCUGAUCUCCUAAUCACGUUCGUCUUUCGUCUUCAUUUUCUUUGUGCACAGCGUGAGACGUGUAAGCCAUCACGGCUAAAUCAGUGAGUACAGUUUGACAUGCAGUGCCUGAGUAAGGUAAGGCCCCUGUAACCGCUGUGCACCCUCAGAAGUAUUUGGAUACUGAAGAAGUCCUACAUUUGAAUUUUUAUCGAUAUGAAGUAACGACACUUGUCCUUCCCCUUUAUCUGUUUGGGUUUUUUUGUUUGUUUGUUUGUUUGUUUGUUUGUUUGUUUUUAAACCUAAAUGAAAGAUUACAUGAUGAAUGAAAGUUAGUGCCAAUAAACUGUCUUCGGUUUGGUUGUAGUUUGUGGCCUGGACAGAUGUGCACAUGGAGUAUGGUUCGGGCCUUAGCUUUUAGAGAUGUCCUCUGUCUCUGUUCUACUUUAAAAAAAAUAAAUACAUUUUGUUAACUGUAUUGUAAUUGCUUUCAUAUAAAUACAAUCUUGUACAUUUGUCAUAAUAAAAUGGUACCGCACCUUU